UUCCUUUCGCAACUCAUUGCUAUUACUAGGAAAAGAAAAUAUGGGCGUAAAAGGUAAGUUGAUUGUUUCAUUGGAAAUGAAGUGUGGAGGACAUUCGGUUCAUGAUAUUUUCCACACUAAUACCCAACAUCUACCCAACAUAAGCCCUAGUAGAGUCAAGCAUUUUGAGAUUCAUGAAGGUGAAAAAGGAAAAAUUGGUUCGGUUGCUAGUUGGAAAUAUUACGAAGAUGGAAAAGAAAUGUUUGCUAAGACUGUGAUUGAUGCCAUCGAUCCUCAGAAGAAUUCAAUCACUUGGAAUGCGAUUGAAGGAAAUUUGUUAGAUUUGUAUAAUUCCUUCACUGUUAUUACAUCCUCUGAACAUCAAUGGAUGACAUAUACACUUGUGUAUGAGAAGAAAACUAAAGAUACCCCAGAACCCCUAGCUAUCUUGGAUUAUUACAUUGGUCUGAUCAAGGAUGUAGAGGGUCACCUUCUCAAGAAUUAGAAAAUCUACGAUGUUCAAUGGUCCUAUGCAUACAUAUAUCUGUGUGUUUGUUCUUGUGUGAUGAGUAUUUGAAAAUAUUGGCUAGUGCUAGCAAGCGUGUAAAAUAAAUAAUAUAAUAUUAUGUUUAAUUUGAAGAAUAAUAUAUAUGUGUGUGUGUACACGCCAGCCUCUAUAUAUAAUGUCAUGUUUGAAGAAUAUAUAU